AUGAAUCCAUUUACUAUUCAUUCGAAACAGCAACCUAAUUGUCCGUUCAUACUUUCUCUAGUAACAAAAUCACCAUUAUGUAUACAUGACUUUUCUAUUUCGUCAUCAACCACUACAGGCGAACAUAUUUCUAAACGACAAAAAGUAGAAACAAUAGAUUCUCAACCUGUACCAAAUACUUUAUUCGAAAGUAAUUCUCUUCAACAAGCAAGAAGACGUACAUUUUCUCAUUGGCCAAGUCAUACUGUUCCUUCAAGUGCAGAAAUGAUUGAAGCUGGAUUUUUUAAUUGUAAUGUUGGUAAUCGUGUAAUAUGUAUCUAUUGCAAUCUUAUUUGCCAACAAUGGACAUCACAUGUCGAUGAUCCACGUGAAGUACAUAAAACUCUUUCACCUAAUUGUAUCUAUGUCAAAGCAAAAUUAAUGAAUCAUACACAAUCAUCAAUAAUUAUUAUUAAUGAACAAUCAACAACUACAGACAUUGAUUCAUCACAAACAAAUAAUCUCGAUUCGUUAAGAUCCAAUUGUGUUGUCUUUAGAACACCAUGUAAUUCUAAUUUUUCAGAAAUACCAAAACGUUAUGCAUCAUUUUCUACAUGGUCGAGUGAAAAUUCACCAUCAGUAGAUGCUUUAGUUCAAGCAGGAUUUUUCUAUUCAGGUAGAACAACAAUAGUUACUUGUUUUUAUUGCAAUGGAUCAUUACAAAAUUGGGGUCCUAAUGAUAAUCCAAUAAUUGAACAUGCUCGUUGGUUUCCAUCGUGUUCAUAUGCAAAACAAUUAUGUGGCGAAGAUUUAUUUCGUAAAAUUCAAGAAUCCAAACGAAUAAACAAAGAGCAGGCCAAAUCAACAGAAAGAACAGGUUCAAAUAGUGUAACACGAACUAAUCUAACAACAAACAGUGGUACGUUAAUGAUACCCGAUGAAAGUACUUUAUCAAGACUCGUUGCUGCACGAUUAGACUUACCAAUAUCACAACGUUUAUUGGAUCAAAAUUUUCAAUUGUCUAUUAUAAAACGAUGUUGGGAAGAUCAAUUGCGAAUAAAGCGUAAUGAUUUCGUAUCUGACACUGAUUUGUAUGUUGCUUGUUUAAUUCUUCGAAAACAAAUAGAAUACAUUGGUGGUAAAAAAGAAAACAUUAUUAUUCCUAGUAUAAAAAUGAAACAAAUUCGAGAACAGAGCGAGAUAAAAAUAGAAAAACCAAUGCCAAUUGUAACUCAAGAUGUUUACUCUGUAGUAGAGAAUAGUACAGAUGUUGAAAUGACAAUAUCUUCUCAAUCUUCAAUUAAAUCAAGAAGUAAUGAUGAUGAAUUAAAAAUAGAAAAACCAACUAUCGAUGAUCGAAGUCAAUCGACUAAUUCAUCAUUAUCAAAUCCAUGUGCUCUUUGUCUGACAGAAGAAAAGCAAUUAGCUUGUAUACCAUGUGGUCAUAUGGUUACAUGUGUAGCAUGUGGUCAUUCAUUGAGUUUGUGUCCAAUAUGUCGACGAGAAAUCAAUGCAUUUGCUAGAAUUUAUAUUUAA